UGUGGGAAAAGGUUUAGUAUUAAGGGGGAUCUGAAUAGACACGUGAAAACUCAUACAGGUGAAAAACCUUUCAGCUGCUCUGAGUGUGGAAAAAGAUUUGGCCGCAAGGGGAGUCUGAAGACACACAUGAGAAACCAUACGGGAGAACAACCAUUCAGCUGCUCUGAGUGUGGGAAAAGAUUUGGCAGAAAUGGGACUCUGAAGACACACAUGAAAACUCAUACAGGAGAGAAACCAUUUUUCUGCUCUGACUGUGGGAAAAGAUUUGGCUUCAAAGGGAAUCUGAUGACACACAUGAGAACUCAUACAGGAGAGAAACCAUUUUACUGCUCUACCUGUAGUAAAGGGUUUGCCACAAAGACUAAUCUGAAGAUACAUGUGAGAAUACACACAGGAGAGAAGCCAUUCAGUUGCUCAAUUUGUAAGAAGUCUUUUCGGCGGAGUAGAAGUUUACAAAAACAUAUGAAUAUCCACACAGGAGAGAAAAUGUUCAGCUGCUCAGUGUGUAAGAAAUACUUUAAACGAGGUGGAUAUUUACGGAUGCACAUGAAAAUCCACGCAGAAGAAAAGAAAACCUUCAGCUGCUCAGUUUGUGAGAAAUAUUUUACAGAGAAUGGGCAUUUACAGACACACAUGAGAACUCACACAGGAGAGAAGCCAUUCAGCUGCAGUGUUUGUGAUGAAAGAUUCUCUUGGGCUAAACAGCUCAGAAACCAUCAGUGUGUCAGUCGUCAGUCCUCACAGCUUCAUCAAACUCAAACUGAACAUUUUAAAACAGA